UCACUCACUCCCUCUGAAGCAGCAGCAGCAGCAGCAGCAGUAACAGUAACAGCUCCACAGAACAGAAGCUGGGACUCACUUUGACUGAAGACCACUGAAGAUCUGGAUCUGUACAGGAACCAGGAACCGUCUGUUGUUUUUUUGUCAGCAUGGAGACCAGCACUGGGGAAUAUGGUGACAUGUACGAGUAUUACGACGACAACGAGACCGCCUGUGACUUCUCCGAGUGGGAGCCCUCCUACUCCCUCAUCCCCGUGCUCUACAUGCUCAUCUUCAUCCUGGGCCUGUCGGGGAACGGCGUGGUCAUCUUCACCGUCUGGAGGUCCAAAUCCAAGCGCCGGGCCGCGGAUGUCUACAUCGGAAACUUGGCCUUCGCCGACCUCACCUUUGUCGUGACCCUGCCUCUGUGGGCCGUGUACACGGCGCUGGGCUACCACUGGCCCUUCGGCGUGGCUCUGUGUAAGGUCAGCAGCUACGUGGUGCUGGUCAACAUGUACGCCAGUGUCUUCUGCCUCACCUGCCUGAGCUUUGACCGCUACCUGGCCAUCGUGCACUCUCUGUCCAGCACCAGGCUGCGCUCUCGGGGGACCAUGCUGGCGUCCCUGGGGGCCAUUUGGCUCCUCUCUGGACUGCUGGCCGUGCCCACGCUGCUGUUCCGCACCACCGUGAACGACCAGAACAGCAACCGGACCACUUGUGCCAUGGACUUCAGCCUCGUGACCCUAAACCAGAGGCACGAGUACCUCUGGAUCGCGGGACUCAGCUUGUCUUCCUCCGCGUUGGGUUUUCUCCUCCCUUUCCUGGCCAUGACCAUCUUCUACUGCUUCAUCGGCUGCACCGUCACGCGCCACUUCAACAACCUGCGCAAGGAGGACCAGAAGAAGAAGAGGCUGCUGAAGAUCAUCACCACACUGGUGGUGGUUUUUGCCAUCUGCUGGACUCCCUUCCACGUGCUGAAAAGCAUGGACGCGCUGUCCUACCUGAACCUGGCUCCCAAUUCCUGUGGCUUCCUGCGGUUCCUGCUGCUGGCUCAUCCCUACGCCACCUGCUUGGCCUACGUCAACAGCUGCCUCAACCCGUUCCUGUACGCCUUCUUCGACCUGCGCUUCCGCUCCCAGUGCCUGUGCCUGCUCAACCUGAAGAAGGCCAUGCACGGCCAGAUCAGCUCCAUGUCGUCCACGCUCAGCGCCCAGACUCAGAAGUCAGAGAUCCACUCUCUGGCCACAAAGGUGUGAUGAAGCAAGCAUUGGGGGGGAGGAGGUGGGGAGCGGUGCUGCAGGACAGAACCAGCUCCCACCACUGGAACACUUGUUAAAAUACAAGACUUUAAAGUGUCCACUGUUCAUAGCCGGUAAGAUGAGAUGAUGAUGAACUUUGAACUGCUCGUGAACGUGAUUCUGUGCCUUCUGUUCGACAGCGAGAGGUGUGAUCGGGUCGCAGGAGUAACAGCUGGCUGAGCUCCUGUUGAUCAAAUCCUCAAAGAAAAGGUCUAUUUUUUUGCUUUGUCCGUCUCGUUUGUAAUCGCGGCAGGAGCCAGAGGUCUGGUUUUUAAACCCACACGCUGAUUUGAAUCUGUUUACACUGGAUAAAACAUAAAGCUGUACAGUAUUUUCAUACCCUGACUUUGUUGUUGUUGUUGUUUUCUUCUGUUGCUUUAUUGUUGGCACUUGUUUAAAAAAAAAAAAAAAAAAAAUGUGUGAGCAGGGAAAUCAAACAGAGAAGUCGCCUCUUUCUUGUUUGUGAUGUUAGGAGUCAAAGGGGGGAGGAGGGGGGUGUAAGGGGAGUAAAGGUGUUGCAGUUUAAUUGUAAAGUUUGUGGAGAGGAGACGGGGACAGAGAGACAGACAGAUGGCAGAGGACAAAUGUUGGGGAACAGGAACGGGGGGUGUUUCACAGUGUGGUCACAGCACUAAAGAGGGACACACUCUGUAAAUGUUCCAGUUUGAUGUACAUGUUUUAUUUUCCGGCAUCUCUGUAACUAACUACUGUAUUAAAGAUGUGUUAUAUGAACCAGA